CAUCUGGAACACUCGAUCACGUGUCUAGAUGGGCUUCUCUUCCAUCUGGUGGGCGAUAUUGGCCAAGUCCGAAUGACUGCUUCCAGAAAUCGUAUAUAAGGAUGGCAGUGGGAGACUGAAAUUUUCAUCGACUCGUCGUUCUUCUGCCAACUACAACACACUCUCUUGAGCCAACUCAACCCAGUCACUCACUAAACAAUCGUCAUGUUCUCCCGCAUCUUUGCCGUUGCUGCCUUCGCUGCUCUUGCUAUUGCUGGACCUCUCGAAGUUCGUGACUCCUCUCAGUGCGACACUGGUUCUCUCUCGUGCUGCAACCAAGUCCAGACUGUCCAGAACUUGUUCAAUACCUCCGGUCUUACUGCAGUCGCCGCCUCCGUCCCGGUUAGCGCUCUCGUCGGUGUUAGCUGUACCCCUGUCACCGUUCUUGGCACUGGCAGCGGUGCUCAGUGCAACACCCAGCCCGUUUGCUGCACCAACAACAACAUGUUCGGCCUCGCCAACAUGGGCUGCAUGCCCGUUAAUGUCAAUGCUUAAAAUACUUUAGCUAGAUCAUGCAUUGUCUGGGCAGCAUAACCCAAUAAUAUACCUGCUUCCGUUUCCUCUCAGCGUUGUGGCAAUGUCUGUGGUCCUUCCGGAAUGUCAGCGACUGCUGAACGUGAGCUGACCGGAUGUUAAUGGUCAUUUCCUUCGCUCCGGUGGAAAAUUCCCAGGCUACCACUAGGUUAGCUGGCGACCAUGCAGCAUUACCUUCCGAAACAUGCAGUCUGCUGCGAUGUGCAAGUAAACA